AAGUAAAUCUUUCACUAUAAUUCUCUCAAGUGAAGCGCGUCAAAAUGACACAAAUAAAUGCGACAGAGGCGACUCCUUUGAUACCGGAGAUACCUCCCGAGGUCUCGGAUGUCGAGAGGAACAGCGCCGAUGAGCCGAAAACGUACAGCCAUGCGUUUAUCGCGAGAGUAGUUGUCGCGUUGCUCAUUGGCAUCUUUACUUCGAAUGCCGAUGGCUCUUUGGUACUGGCGACUCAUCCGGUGAUCGCAUCCGAGUUUGGAAAGCUUCGAGAUUCGAGUUGGCUGUUUAUCAGCUUCAUGUUGGCUAGCGCCGCAUCCCAGACGAUUUACGGAAAAUUGAGCGACAUCUUUGGACGAAAGACGAUCUUGAUCUUCUGCUAUGGCCUGUUUGCUAUUGGAUGUGCACUCGUAGGAGCUGGCCAGUCAAUGUGGCAAGUCAUCCUAGGUCGCGUAAUCUCUGGAUCUGGAGGUGCAGGGAUGACUACAAUGGCAUCAGUCAUCAUAACUGAACUCGCACCACUUCGAGAAGUCGCCUCAUGGCAAAGCUACAUGAAUGUCAUCGCCACCGUCGGCCGUAGCAUCGGUGGUCCGCUUGGAGGGUUUCUAGCUGAUACAAUCGGCUGGAGAUGGUCAUUCCUCGGACAAUCGCCAAUAUUCGCUGUAUCCAUGAUCAUCGCCGCCAUCCUCCUCCCCUCUACGACUCAAACCGAGGGUGCGACAAUCGAGCGCAUCAAAAGGAUCGACGGACUUGGAGCUUUGCUUUUGGGUGGCUCUGUUCUCGCUUUCAUGGUUCCCCUUGAGAUUGGCGGUCAGAAAAUUCCCUGGAGUCAUCCCCUCGUCCCAAUUCUCGCUGCAACUGGCGUGAUUCUAUCCGCUGCUUUCGUACUUGUCGAGUCACGUCGGGCAAAAGAACCAAUCUUCCCUCUUCGUUUACUCAAAAGUGGCGAUAUCACAAAGACGUAUCUCAUUGCGUUUGGUCAAGCAGCCGCACAGCUUGGAAUGAUGUAUACUGUCCCUAUUUACUUCCAAGUGUCUCAGCGCGUGUCGAGCACAGUCGCAGGCGCUCAUUUGUUCCCUGCAGUCAUAGGCAACACUGUCGGAGGCAUAGCAACAGGCUUGAUCAUAAAAAGAACUGGCCGAUACAAAGCGCUCAUCAUCUUCUCGGCCAUCUCAUCGAUUACCAGUUACGCUCUGAUGCUACUUCGCUGGCAUGGAGAGACGAACUGGCUGGAGUCACUCUACGUGUUCCCAGGGGGCCUGGGUAUGGGUAUCGCGCAAAGUGCAGCGUUCAUCGCCCUCCAAGCUUCCAUCGACCCCAAAGACAAGGCAGCAGCGUCUUCUGGAAUCUUCCUGGCUGUAACUUUGGGUUCAGUAGUUGGCAUGGCUGGUACGAGUGCAGCCAUUCAGGGAUUUCUCAGACAUGACAUCCAGCAGAACCUUGGUGAUCUCGGAAAGUCUCAACCCUUUAUCGACGAGGUGAUUCGAAAAGCUGCAGAGAGUGUCUCGUACAUCGACGAAGCUUCCGAGCCUAUCAGAAAGGUACUGGUUGAGGGCUAUAUCAGAGGGAUCGAGUAUGGCCACGGUAAGUACAUGCCACUUUGGUGAGACUUGACUAACGGGUUAGGCCUCUCUAUCGUGUUCUCCGGGAUCACGCUCGUCACUGCUCUACUACUCAAGGAGCGUAAACUUUGAUGGCAGUGGACCUGUGACUCAAGACGAGAAUUGAGAGAUCCUAGAUUUACCAAAGAUAUCCUAAACUAAGUAAAUACAUCUUCAACUAAGUAAAGAUAUCCUAAGUUUAAAAUCUAGUUAUACAAGCCUUGACGUCGGUACACAGGUGGAAUAGAAAAGGGUCUGAAUUAUAUUGGGAAACCUCUUGACACGUUUGAGAGUGUAUUGAUUAUAGGCUUCGACAUAAAUGGAAGUUCGUUUGUUGUCCCCUGUGAACAACAAAGUCCAUUUUGUGACGAUGUUUGAUCGAAUUUGCCAAAAACCUAAUAUGGGUAAGAGCUUGUAUUGGGGGAGAAGAUACCGUG